UAAUAAUCCGCGUCUCUAAUAAUUAAAAAACUUGAUUUAUUGUUUAAAGGUGAAGAGCAGUAAAUGCAAAGUGUGAGAACAUUGUUAAAUGAAGAAAUAAGUCCGUAGCUAAUAAUAGAAUUUUGUUUUUCCAUAAAGAAGAAAAGAAACGCUUUCACACUGGAGUCUAAAUAAAAGUGGGGUAUUAAACGGUAAACUGUAAAGCGUCGCUUGACGUCGCUUGAACUUAAAGUGUAAGAAAUUGAAAAGUGCAACAAGAAAAGUAUUUUUUUAUCCGCUUAAUGACAAUAAUAACAAUCGUGGAUAACGAAAACUUUCACAUAUAAUUUAAAGAUCUAAAGUAAAUAUAGGAACAAAUUACCUUAAGUAUAACUACAUCAACAUGGAUCAUGCUAAAAAAGAAAAGAUUGAUGGGCUUGGCAAUGCCGAUACUACUACUAAUGGGAUUGCUCAAGUAAUAAUAGAUGAAAAAAAUAAUAUGAUAAAUGAGUCAGAAUCACAAAGUGACUCUGACCCUGAAUAUCUUGAUAACUCAAUUGAAUUACGUGGUUAUCUUAAUAAAUGGACAAAUUAUAUCUAUGGUUGGCAGCCCCGUUAUAUUGUACUAAAAGAUGCCACUUUGUCCUAUUAUAAAUCCGAGUCUGAAUCAGACUUUGGCUGUCGUGGUGUUAUUAGCUUAAGUAAAGCCAUAAUUAAAACACACGAAUCGGAUGAACUUCGUUUUGAUGUUGUUGUCAAUAAUUCCAAUAAUUGGUGUUUACGUGCCGAUACACCAGAAGAUCGUAUGCACUGGGUCGAAGUAUUGCAAAUGUAUAAAGAGGAUAAUGCCAGCACAACGGAUACGACAUCAUUAAAACGCCAUGGAAGUAACGUAUCUUUGCAAUCCACUACAAUAUCGGUAGCAAGUGGUGGCAGUUUGAAAAGGACUCAAUACAAUCUUAAGGAAAAAGUCGACGAAAUUGAAACAUUUAAGAACAUAUUAUUUGGACAAAUAGAAACCUUACAAAGAUAUUUUGAUGCCUGCGCAGAAACCAAUAAAGCACCGGGUAAAUCUUUCGAUUUCGGUUUUGAUUUAACAUCCACGGAUUUUAAAGGGGAAUCUAUAACAUUUCGGGCCACCACUACGGGGGUUCUUAAUACAUUACAGCAUUGUUUAGAAAUAAUAUCGGAAAGGGAUCUUACGUGGAAGAGGAAAUUGGAACGCGAAAUUGAAAAACGGAAAAAAUUAGAAGAACAAAUUAGAAAAUAUAAAUUAGAAAUUGAAAAAUUCAAAAGCAUUUCUUAUCCGGGGCCAGAUUUUGAAGAAGGGCCACAUUCCACAUUACCCGAGGAUGAAUUUUUCGAUGCUGUAGAAACCGGUCUAGAUAAAAUCGAAGAAGACAUGCAAUUGCGAGCAAAAUUAAAACUGCAAACGCAACUUUCGCAGAUAUCCGCCCAUAGUUAUACAGCAUUAGGUUUGAAUCAGCCAGUGGAUGACAAUCUGGUAGAUGAUGACGAUAAAGAGUUUGGUACGGGUUCUUUGGCAAGCGGUCAUAGUCUUUGGCCUGAGAUAGAUCGCGUCUGCGAAGAACAGUUGCAUUAUGCCCGAGAAGGUGUCGGCCAAGAUGGCAAUGGUUGGCAAAUAUUUGCCGACGAAGGUGAAAUAAAAAUGUAUAAACGCGAAGUGGAAGUGAAUGGCAUGGUAAUGGAUCCGUUAAAGGCUUACCAUACAGUAAAAGGGGUCACAGCACGCGAAAUGUGUCAUUAUUUCUUUAUGCCAGAGUUCCGGAAUGAGUGGGAGACUACUUUAGAGGAAUGCAUUAUUCUAGAGAAAAUCUCUUCCGAUACUUACCUAUUUUUACAAACGCAUAAACGAGUCUGGCCAGCCAGUCAACGUGAUGCUCUCUUUUGGUCACAUAUGCGAAAAAUAACGAAUAAUCUAGACGAGGAAGCCGUCGAUUGUUGGAUUGUUUGUAAUAAUUCAACAGACUAUUCUAAGCAAGAGUCGAAAAAUGGUAGAUGUGUGCGCAUAUUAUUGACCGUAAUACUAGCCUGCCAAACGCUGUUGCCAGCAAAUAAGAAUACCAAUGAUCAAUUAAGCCGUAAGGAUUUAACCUGUAAAAUUACCUAUUGUUCGGUGGUUAAUCCUGGUGGUUGGGCUCCUGCUUCGGCUUUACGUGCUAUUUACAAACGCGAAUAUCCAAAGUUCCUUAAACGCUUUACCGCCUAUGUGAUAGAUCAGCGCAAAGAUAAACCGAUUAUGUUUUGAUAUUUACUCUUCUACUAUAUCUUGUAAAUUAUUUUUUCAUUAAUAUUUAAUAUAUACACUUUUUCUUUCCUUCCCAUUAUGUUUUGCCCACCGUCCCUUAGACUUUAUAAUGCACUAAAGUUCACUUAUAUCGCGCAAAAAAAAAGAAGAAGCAACAAACAAAAAA